UUCAAGCUAAACUAACAAAAAAAAGAACCCAGCUUAGAAAAAUGAAGUUCUUCAUCGCCAGCCUCCUGAUCGCCGCCUUCGUGGCCCUCGCCCAGAGCAGUGUGAUCCACGGAUCUGCCUUGACCUACGGCCCCGUGGCCUCCAUUCCGGUGGUGCGCACUGUGCCCGUGGUGCGCAGUGUUCCAGUGGUGCGCAGUGUUCCAGUGGUGCGUCAUGUGCCGGUGGUGCGUCAUGUGCCCGUCGUCGAGUCCGUCCAGGUGGUGCAGCCAUCCGUGCUCCGUGUUGGACACGCCGCCGUCUACGAUGCUCCUCUUGUCCAAUCCUACGGCGGCUGGUUGAAGCAGAAGUAGACGAUCCAUGCAAUAUUAAACUCUGAAUAAAACAAAAAUAAAUAACUAAAUCUAUGACUUAAUAAUUCAAUUAUUUCUGAUACUGCUGAAGAUACUACAA